UCAUCUGCAUGUCUUCGUCAGCCUUCCUCGCUCUUGCUCUUUUCGAUUCCGAAACCAGAAGCAGAAGAGAUGCCCAGACCAAAUCUUCGUUCCUUCAACACCAUAGCAACCGUCUCUUCUGUUAAUAUCUUACCUCUAAGGAAACACCCAUUGAUCCUCUUCUUCUCCUCACUGCCUCAUCAGUUGCAGAGCCCAAUUCAACACCAGAAACAUCAACAAGCUUUCGAUUCCUCCAAUACAGAUGGUUCAAAUUCAUCAAUUGGGUCUCCUGUCAGAGUCCAGAAGCUCAUAGCUUCGCAACGGGACCCUCUACUGGCAAAGGAAAUCUUCGAGUAUGCCUCUCGCCAACCCAACUUCCGUCACUCUUACUCUACCUACCUCAUUCUCAUUCUCAAAUUGGGUCGCGCCAGAUACUUCUCCCUCGUUGAUGAUCUCCUUCGUCGCUUGAAAUCGGAUUCGCAACCCAUUACUCCGACACUCUUUUCAUACUUAAUCAAAGUCUACGGUGAAGCUGAUUUGCCCGAUAAAGCCCUCAAAACCUUCUAUACUAUGAUGCAAUUCGAUUGCAAACCUUUACCCAAACACCUGAACCGCAUUCUUGAAGUUCUCGUGGCGCACAGGAAUUAUGUGCGACCCGCUUUUGAUCUCUUCAGAGAUGCCCAUAGGUAUGGCGUUUUGCCUAAUACAAGGUCAUACAAUAUUUUGAUGCGGGCAUUCUGUUUAAAUGGGGACAUAAGUAUUGCCUACUCACUGUUCAACAAAAUGUUCAAGAGAGAUCUCGUUCCAGAUAUAGAUUCUUAUAGGAUUUUGAUGCAGGGAUUGUGUAGGAAGAGUCAAGUAAAUGGGGCCGUUGAUUUGUUGGAGGAUAUGUUGAACAAAGGGUUUGUGCCAGAUACUUUAACUUAUACUACUUUGCUGAAUAGUUUGUGUAGGAAGAAGAAGCUCAGAGAAGCGUACAAACUUCUUUGUAGGAUGAAGGUUAAGGGUUGUAAUCCUGACAUUGUUCAUUAUAAUACUCUUAUAUUAGGGUUCUGCAGGGAAGGGCGUGCUCAUGAUGCUUGUAAGGUUAUUGAUGACAUGCAGUCAAAUGGUUGUUUACCUAAUUUGGUGUCUUAUCGUACUUUAACAAGUGGUUUAUGCGAUGAGGAAAUGUUUGAUGAGGCAAACAAAUACAUGGAUGAGAUGUUAUCAAAAGGUUUUUCUCCCCAUUUCUCUGUUAUUCAUGCCUUAGUUAAGGGCUACUGCAAUGUUGGUAAGAUUGAUGAAGCUUGUAGGGUACUCAGUAAAUCACUAGAGCACGGGGAAGUGCCUCAUAUGGAUAGUUGGGCCAUCAUAGUACCUAGAGUCUGUGAAGUAGAGGAGAAUGUGAGGACGAGGGAUAUUUUGGAAGAAGUUCUGAAGAUUAAAAUAAAAGGUGACACUAGAAUAGUGGAGGCUGGCAUCGGUUUGGAGAAUUACUUGAUUGGGAAGAUACGAGCUAAGUCAAGGGAACGUUAAUAUAUUUCGUCUACAUGUCAUGGCUUACAAUUUGUUUCUGACAUCUGUUUCUUCAUGUUGGAUCCUGCUUAUUUUGUCUCAGGUGAGAUUCAUUGUUGGUAUGGGUACUCUAAUGGCUUCUCGCGCGUCCAUUUGUAUAUAUAUGAUCUUACAUAAAUGUUGUUUUUGGGAUUCCGACGGGCUAAUUUAUACAAUCUAAUCUUCCACAUUAUGUGUUGCAUAAGACGCUUUGACCA